CUGGUCAGGUAUCUGUUCUGCACCUUGUGAUCUUGCGUGCUCACGGAAUACGGGCCGUAUUGAGUAACUGUUGUGACAUGCGUCCGUCUCUUACAUAUAUAACACGACAGAGGUCGGAAGACUCGCCCUCAGGCACUCCGCAGACAACCUCUUGCCAGAAUGUCCCAGCCUGAAUUCGGUCCGUGCCCUCCUCGCUUCAUCGAGCUCAAGAAGGAGAUUGCCGCCUCCUAUCCCGACUUUCAGGCACGCGUCACGAAGGCAUGGAAUGAGCUCCUAGCUGAACUCGAAGUCUUCACGGCCGAUGUUGCCAAGCAGGGCACAGAGUAUGUUCCUCAAGUCGACUUCUCUGAACUCAGCUCCCUCAGUCCUGAGAAGGUCGAGGAGGUUCGCAGGAAAGGCAGCGUCGUCAUUCGCAAUGUCGUAGAUGACGCCGAGGCAACUUCCUGGAAGGAAUGGCUCAAGGAGUACGUUUCGACGAACCCCGGAAUCGAUGGCUUCCCCGUGGAUGACAAACAGUUCUUCCAGCUCUACUGGACGAAGUCCCAAGUCCGUGCUCGUGGGCACCCGAAUGUCCUCGCAGCGACCAGCUUCCUGAACAACUUGUACCACGUCAAGUCCGGGGCGAAGAUCGAAAGCGUCGACCUUUCCACGCCAUUGACCUACGCCGACCGCUUCCGCAUCCGGCACCCAGGCGUGCAGUGGGACGUUCAUCCUCCGCAUGUAGAUGGUGGUGCAAUUGAACGAUGGGAAGAUCCCACGUUCAGGAAGUGUUUCGAGGAUAUUUUGACUGGUAACUGGCGCGACCACGAUCCUUAUGACCUCGAGAACCGCAUCAACGCUCGCAGCUCCCUGUACGGCCGAGUCGGCCAGGCUACUGUGUUCAGGACGUAUCAGGGCUGGCUCGCCGUGAGCGAGACCGCUCCUCACGAAGGAACCCUGCAGGUCUUCCCGAAUGUCUAUCUCUCGAAUGCCUACACCAUCCUGCGUCCGUUCUUCCGGCAGAUUCCUGGCACCAAUGACCCUCUCGAUCCCAACAACUGGGAGUAUGACAUCUCGUCGUCCGACUUCCCUGGCAUUUACUCCACCGACUCUGGAUUCCGUGGGCCCCGGCCGAACACGGAGACACACCCGCACAUGAAGCUCGAGCGGACGAUGGUAUCCGUGCCCAAGGUCUACCCUGGCGACAUGGUAUUCUGGCACUGUGACGUUGUGCAUGCAGUUGAGAAGGAACAUGUUGGAACGGGCGACUCUGCUGUUCUAUACAUCCCUGCCUUACCGCUGACACCCAUGAACGCGGACUACGUGCGCCGGCAGAAGGAGAGCUUCCUUCAGGGUGUCCCGCCGCCGGACUUCCCGCCUAGCAACGGCGAGAGCAAGCACGUAGGCGUGGGCAGGCCGGAGGACAUCGAGAGCCCGAUCGGCAAGCGUGCGAUGGGUCUUGCAAUCGAGGUGGUUUGAAGAGCCUUGUCCUUCUCGGAACUUACGUGUAGGUAUUCAUGAGUGGAGAUAUGCUUGAUUUAUGCCCGUGAGUGUAUAUGCGGUCGGGUAUAUGCUAUGCAUCGAAUAUAUGGGAUUCUUUAGCAAUAA